AUGAACCAGGAUCUGGUAGAUCUUGCCCUCCUCGACCAAAAGACGGAGCCCAGCAGCAUCGCUGCCACCGCGGCCGCGACAGCCGAACAACCGCACCGGAGCAGCGCGACCGCCUCCCGCACGACGACAUCACGCAGCUCGAACACGGCGAACAUGGCGGAAAGCAAGCACACGGCGCCCAAUAGCGCAGUCGGCGCUGCCGCGCCCGCAGUCUGCCCAGUCGACCACAAAUCCCGAGAGGCCUGGCUGCAGCAGGCGCAAAACGCAACCUCCUCCUCCUCCUCCACAUCGCCACACGCCGCGGCUGCCGGGGCCCUCCCGCCCAACCACCCGAGGAUACCGAGCAGCGGCGGCGGCUCCCUCUCCGAGUCCCGCGAGAUCUCGUCCAUCCCGCGCACCGAGGACACGGGGCCCUCGGCCUGCCCCGCCAACCACGAGGCCGAGACGGGCUCCGACAAGGCCUCGGGCAACUGGAUCUACCCGUCCGAGAAGAUGUUCUUCGACGCCAUGCGCCGCAAGGGCCACGACUCGGCGCGCACGGCCGACAUGGCCACCAUUGUCCCCAUCCACAACGCCGUCAACGAGCGGGCAUGGAAGCAGAUCAAGGAGUGGGAGGCGCCCUACACAGGGACCGGACCUGGCCAAUGCGGCGGCCCCAAGCUCCACUCCUUCAUGGGCGACAGCCGCAACAUGACCCCCAAGGCGCGCAUCAACACGCUGCUCGGCUACACCGCGCCCUUUGACCGGCACGACUGGGUCGUCGACCGCUGCGGCACCAAGGUCGACUACGUAAUCGACUUCUAUGAGGGGCGCAAGAACGCAGCCGGCCAGCAGGUCAGCUUCUACCUCGACGUGCGUCCAAAACUCAACAGCUGGGAGGGCGUCAAGAUGCGCUUCCUCAAAGGAUUCGGGCUCGUCUAA